CCGGAUAGGUUAGAUCACAUGUUCACUUAACUCAGAAGCUCAGAACUACUCAGAAGGCAAACUAAACGUCACAAAAAUACGUGUAAUCGUAUACUAUUAUAUUCGUAUUUAAGAAUCUAAUCCUAAUUCACUUGUAAAUAUGGCGUUUAGUAGAUUAGACAGAGUUGGAACAAUUUACACAAGAAUAUCAUCAUUAAUUAAAGGUGGCACUAUGGAAGAAAGUAGUAUACCUAUAUGGUAUACAGUAUAUGAAGCAUUUCCCCCAAAAUAUGAGCCACAAUACGGCAGACCAGGUUCACAAAAGCCUGUGAGAGAUAUUUUUUACCCAGAAGACUUAAUAAGAGCAAAACUCCAUAAGGAUUUCAAGUUCUUACCAGCAAUGGACUUAAAAAGUAAUAAAAUUUGCCCUACUCAACUAUUCCUUGCAAAGUACGAAAAUUUUAAAAAGGAUGGGUUUUCAGAACAAGAGGCAUAUGAGAAAGCAAUGCAAAACUUUACAGCAAUGCUUGCAGAUAGUAAGUUAAGAGAUACAUCAGAAUCAUCAAGUAGUAAUAAAACUAAAAGUACAACAUAAAGAAUUAUAUUGUUUCAUGUGUUUUUGUAAUAAUACAAUAGACUUCCUUAAAAAAUGAAAUUAAACCACAUACAUCAUAUGUAUUUAGUUCUCAUUAUUCAUACUAUUUGUUUAAUAUUGUACCAAUGUUAAUAGAAUAAAAU